AUGGCGAUGGUGGUGCCUGGUUUUGAGACGGCGGUGGCGCUGGAGGUUGAGGCGGUGGUGCUAGAGGUUGAGACGAUGGCGAUGGCAGUGGCUUACGGAAUUGGUUUUCUUAAAACUACGCAUGGUAUAUCUGACAAUGGUUUCAAUGAACUUCUUGAAAUAAUUCGAGACAUGCUACCCCAUGGGAACACUCUUCCUGAUUCUUGUAAUUCAACGAAAAGGUUAUUGAAAACCUUUGAUUUAGGAUAUGAGAAGAUACAUGCAUGCGUAAAUGAUUGUUGUUUGUUUAGAAAGGAUCUCGAGGAUUUGGAGACAUGUCCAAAAUGUGCAUCUUCACGUUGGAAAGUUAAUGAGCGGACUAAGAAGAUUCAAAAGGGGAUACCUGCAAAAGUCUUACGACAUUUUCCAAUUAUACCACGAUUUAGAAGAAUGUUUAGGUCACCUGACAAGGCAGAACAACUAACAUGGCACUUAACUCACAAAAGUCAAGAUGGAAAAAUGCGUCAUCCAGUUGAUUCAUUAGCUUGGGAGAGAAUUGAUCAAAAGUGGCCUCAUUUUGCAUCAGAACCACGAAAUCUUAAGCUUGGCCUUUCGUCUGAUGGAUUUAAUCCUUUUGGUGACCUAAGUUCUAGAUAUAGUUGUUGGCUGGUGAUUCUAGUUAUAUAUAAUCUCCCUUCUUGGGUAUGCAUGUCCAAGGAAAAUUUAUUAUUGACUUUGUUAAUCCCAGGUCCAAAGCAACCUGGGAAUGAUAUAGAUGUAUAUCUACAACCACUUAUAGAAGACUUAAAGGAGUUGUGGAAUAUUGGUGUUGACAUAUAUGAUGGAUUUAUCAAGUCCACCUUCAAUUUGAAGGCUGUAUUGAUGUGGACAAUUAAGGAUUUUCCGGCUUAUGGAAACUUAUCUGGAUAUCCUACAAAGGGCGAGGCAGCAUGUCCAGUAUGUGGUUUAUCCACAUGCGCAAAAUGGUUGACAUAUAGUCGAAAGUUUGCAUACAUGGGUCAUAGAAGAUUUCUUUCAUAUAAUCAUCUCGAAAGAAGUUUGACACUACUUUUACGUCAUAAUUUGGAUGUAAUGCACAUUGAGAAGAAUGUUUGUGAGAGCAUUCUGGGUACUAUUUUGAAUGUGAAGGGAAAAUCAAAAGAUGGGCUCAAUUCUCGUAAGGAUUUGUUUAACAUGGGUAUUAGAAAAGAUCUUCAUCCAGAGUUGAAAGGAAAUACAUAUUACCUACCUGCAGCAUCAUACAUACUAUCCAAAAAAGAGAAAGAGUUAUUUUGUAAGAGAUUAUUCGAUUUAAGAUUACCCGAUGGUUAUAGCUCUAACAUUUCAAAGUGUAUCUCAUUAGCAGAUAAUAGGAUUUUAAAUCUAAAGCUAUGCUCAUUUUUUAACGAAAUAUGUCAAAGAGUUAUUGGUAAAAAUAACAUAGAAAAGCUUGAGGAGGAUGUUGCAGUUACUCUAUGUAUGCUAGAAAGGUUUUUCCCCCCUUCUUUUUUUGACAUAAUGAUUCACUUAACCAUCCACCUUGGGCGUGAAGUUCGCAUUGGCGGACCCGUACAAUAUCGUUGGAUGUACCCAUUUGAGAGGUUUAUGAAGACAAUUAAAGGAUAUGUUAAAAAUCGCUCAAGACCUGAGGGUUGCAUAGCAGAGCGUUAUUUAGCUGAUGAAUGUAUGCAUUUUUGUAGUGGUUACAUGACACAAGCUGCUGAGGUAGGUGUUCGACAUAAUCGAAAUGAGGAUUUUGAGAAUGGUACAACUAUUGUUGGAUGUACAAUUUCUAAAGGAAAGUCAAAGAUCUUGAGUCAAGAAAUGUUAGAGGUCGCUCAUCGCUACGUGUUGUUUAACAGUGCCGCAGUUGAACCAUAUAUAACGAUGCAUAGAGACGAGAUUAAGAAUUCAGAUAGUCGUGCUGCCAAGAAUGAAACCUUAUUACAAAUAAGACAUAUGGAGACUUUUACUUCUUGGUUUGCAGAGAAAGGCAAAGAAGACAAUUGUAACAUGUCAAGUACAUUGAAAUAG